CGCCGCGUGUUGGCGGAGGGGCCCGGGAGCGCCCCGGGAGCGGCCCCGGGAGAGCCCCGGCCCGGCCCCGCCAUGUGGUUCAUGUACGCGCUCAGCUGGCUGUCCCUGCUCGUGCAGGUGGCCUUCGUCACCCUGGCCAUCGCGGCCGGGCUGUACUACCUGGCGGAGCUGAUCGAGGAGUACACGGUGGUCACCAGGAGGAUCAUCAAGUACAUGAUCUGGUUCUCCUCGGCCGUGCUGGUGGGGCUGUACCUGUUCGAGCACUUCCCGGGGUUCCUGGUGGGCGUGGGGCUCUUCACCAACCUGGUGUACUUUGGAUUGCUCCAGACCUUCCCCUUCAUCGUCCUCACCUCCUCCAACUUCAUCCUGUCCUGCGUGCUGGUCGUACUCAAUCACUACCUGGCGUUCCAGUUCUUUGCUGAGGAGUUCUACCUGUUCUCUGAGGUCCUGGCCUACUUCACCUUCUGCCUCUGGCUGAUCCCCUUCGCCUUCUUCGUGUCGCUGUCGGCCGGGGAGAACGUCCUGCCCUCCACGGUGCAGCCCGGAGACGACGUGGUGUCCAACUACUUCACCAAGGGCAAGAGAGGGAAGCGCUCCGGGAUCCUGCUCAUCUUCUCCUUCAUCAAGGAGGCCAUCCUGCCCAGCAGGCAGAAGAUCUACUGAGCUGGGAGCCCUGGGGAGCCGGGACAGAGCCGGGACGGAGCCGGGAUGGAGCCGGGAUGGAGCCGGGACACCCCAGACUGUGCCGAGGUCCCCACGCCUCACCCAACCCUCCCCCUGGCUCCCGAGGGGAUCUCCCUGGGAAUGGAUGAACUGGGACACGCCUGGAGCUGCCAGACACACGGGGAGGGCUGGCACCACCUCCUCCAGCUCUGCUGAUCCCUCAGGAAUGUGGCCGGGGAGGAUGUCGGGCUCCGCUUGAGCCGAGGAGGGUCCGGCCCCGGCUCGGGGACCCGGGAAGUGCCACCCGUGGGAAUUCCCACCCAGGUGUUUGUACCUGGGGGGUUUUGGGGAGCAGCUCCCUCGGGAUGGCACAGGACGGGCUCCAGCUUUACCUGAGGUUUACACAGAGCCAUUAAUUAAAGAGAUAAGGAGGAAUUGGAAUAAA